AUGGCCGGCGGAGCAGAAGGCAAACCCAAGCCGCUCGAGUUCACGCCGACAUGGAUCGUGGCAUCCAUCUGCUCCGUCAUCAUCGUCAUCUCCCUGCUGUUCGAGCGCUUCCUCCACCGCCUAGGCAAGAGGCUGAUGCGGAGUCGCAAGAAGCCGCUGUACGAGGCACUCCUCAGGGUGAAGGAGGAACUGAUGGUCCUGGGGUUCAUAUCGCUGCUGCUCACCGUGUUCCAAGGCGCCAUGGGCAGGCUGUGCGUCCGACGGAGCAUCAUGCGCCACCUGCUGCCCUGUAAGCCGCCGCCACUAGGCGCCGCCGCCGAGACAGCGCACUUUGGUGACGCCGUGUUCACCGGCGUGCUGGGUGGGGCGAGGCGGCUUCUGGCUGGUGGAGCCAUCUCCGGUGACUACUGCGUGAACAAGGGUAAAGUUCCAGUAUUAUCUGCUGAAGCCAUUCAUCAGUUGCACAUAUUUAUCUUCGUCUUGGCGGUCACACAUUUUAUUCUCAGUGCCAUCACAGUUCUGCUUGGAGUUGCGCAGACUAGAAACUGGAGGCACUGGGAGAGCAAGAUUCAAACAAACAACGAAAGUGCUCCUGAAAAUUUCAAACAUAUUCAAGAGUUCACGUUUAUUCAGGAUCACUUUAAAGGCCAUAGAAAACGCUGGAGGAUAUUUGGCUGGAUGCGCUCCUUCUUCAAACAAUUCUAUGGAUCUGUCACUGAGGAAGACUACAGAACAAUGCGACUAGGUUUCAUCAUGAAACACUGUACCCCAAACUUCAAUUUUUACAACUACAUGAUUAGAGCACUGGAAGUUGAUUUCAAGAAGGUCGUGGGUGUUAGUUGGUACCUAUGGGCUAUGUUGAUGAUAUUCUUAUUGCUGAAUGUUCAAGGAUGGUAUGUCUACAUCUGGAUAUCGACCGCUCCGUUCCUUAUGUUACUGGUGGUUGGGAGUAAGAUGGAGCACAUCAUUACAGAAUUGGCUUAUGAGGUUGCCCAAAAGCAUACAGCGAUUCAAGGAGAUUUAGUAGUAGCACCUUCAGAUGAUUUUUUUUGGUUCCAUCGGCCUAAAUUAGUCCUUUUGUUGAUCCACGUCGUCCUGUUCCAAAAUGCAUUUGAGAUUGCAUUUUUCUUUUGGCUUUUGGUAUCAUAUGGAUUCAAAUCAUGCAUCAUGGGAAACCCAGCAUAUGCUAUUGCUCGAAUUGUCAUAAGUAUCGUCAGCCAACUCCUUUGUGGUUACGUGACCCUACCUCUGUACGCCAUUGUCUCGCAUAUGGGGAGCUCUUUCAAAAAAGCUAUAUUUGAUGACAAUGUGACUGAAGGCCUUGCCAACUGGGCUGAAAGAGCUAGGAGGCGCACAAUAAUAUCUAGUAAAACUACUGUAAACGUAAGUGACCCGCCCGUUGACGAGGCAAAUGAUGCUGCAAUUCAAAUGACAAAUACACAUGCAAUCUCAUCAGAUGAGCAAGGAACUAGCCUUACAUGA